UCUGAGAGCUGUCAAGACGUUUUACUUUUGGGAGAAUGUAGGAGCAAUUGAUUUUACACGUUUUAUAUUGUUGUUUUUCUGAAAUUAUUUACUUUGUUUAUGAAGAUCAGACCAGGCACAUAGCCGUUUAACUGUCGAGAUGGCAGCUACGGCUGAAAGCGAUAUGUCUGUGGUCGAGCUGAAGGCAGAGAUCGAAAGACUAAGCCGCGAGCUCGACCAGGCUAGCAGCGAGAAGAUACAAUCUGCACAGCUGGGGCUUGUUCUGCUGGAAGAGAAGAGUGCCCUGCAGCAGAGGUAUGAUGAACUCGAAGGAAUAUACGAAAACACAAGACAUGAACUAAAAAUCACACAAGAGGCACUUAUGAAACUUGACACAUCGCAAAAGGUGACCACAAGAAGUGGCAUUGAGCAGGAGAAUGCCCUGCUCAACGAGUCUGCCGCCAUGGAGAGCUCCCUCACACUACAGAUAUUGGAACUGGAAGGAGAAUCUAAGCAGUUACGACACGAACUAGAGAGGGUAGUUAGCGAACGUGAUCGCUUGCUGGCGGAGAGCACCGAACUCGGCGCGGACAAAGCCACCCGGGAAUCGGAACGCGCCGCCCUCAGGGCUGAACUGAGGGAAGCCAGGCAGAGGGAACAGAGGCUGCUGGUGGACAUCGGAGACCUUGAGGAUGAGAACAUCUCGCUGCAGAAACAAGUGUCUGCUCUACGAUCUUCACAAGUGGAGUUCGAAGGCCUCAAGCAUGAGGUCCGUCAAUUGCGCGAAGAGGCGGAGAACGCCCGGGCUGCCGCCGACGAGACCGCGGCGCUACGGAGAAUCGCUGAGAGACAGCUGGCCGAAGCCCUGGAGGCUCUACAAGCCGAAAGAGAAGCCAAGUUUGCCGCCAAGAAGGAACUGGACGCCCAUCUCAGUCGGGAAGCCGCGUAUAAUAUCACCAACUUGGCGUAUAGUAUACGAGGUAUGCCAGAUGACAGCACAGAAGAUGAAGGCGAGCCGGGCGGCUCCAACGCCGUGGAGCUGGCCACGGCUAUGGGCGACCACCACGCCGACCUGUUCUCCGAGGUCCACCUCCACGAGAUCUCCAGGCUUGAGAAGCAGCUGGAACAGGCGCACAACGAGAAUAGUCAGCUAUCGGCGUCGAUGCGCGCCGCGCAGGCGACGGCGGAGACGGAGAGCGCGGCGGCGGCGCUGCUGCGCGCCGGGCUCGUGCGCGCCGCCUCGCGCGUGGCCGCGCUGCACGCGCUGCGGGCCGACUGCGCGCCCGAGGACGAAGAGAAAUCCGAGGGUGGUAUAUCGUCCCGCGCCGCGCGCUGGCUGACGUGGUGGCGCGUGUCGGGCGGCGAGCUGGCGGCGCUGGCGGCGCUGCUGGCGGAGCUGCAGCCGCCGCCCGCCGACGCGGCCGCGCUGGCCCGCCAGCAGCUGGCCGCGCUCAGCGACCGCGUGGCCGAGGCCGAGGUCCGCUGCGCCGCCCUAGAAGCGGAGGCGGAACUCCUCCGCACGCUUGCCGGCGGGGCAGGCAGAGCCUUAUCCGCCGCCGCUCCAGCACUCUCUUCAGCGGCCGACACUCUGGCGCAGAUCUACCACCACGUGUGCGCAGUCAACGGCACCCAGCCAGAGAGACUGCUACUGGAACACGCCACACACACAGACGGUGCCGGCGGCGUAGGACGAUCGGUGGAAGAUGAGGCGUUAGCUUUGGCGGCCGGAGAACUGGAGGGAUUGCGAGCGGCCGGCGUAGUGGCGAGAUCGGCCGACACGUUGCUCGACCAGUUGACGCACCUGCGGGCCGCGCUCGACACCGCGCUGGACUCGCGACUCAGACAUCAACCCGUAAUGGAAGCGGAAGAACGCGGCGCAGAGAUGGCGGAACUCCAAGAGCAAGUCAUCAAACUGAAGUCUCUGUUGUCUACGAAACGGGAACAAAUCGCCACCCUCCGUACAGUUCUCAAGUCCAACAAGAACACGGCGGAAGUCGCGCUGGCCAACCUCAAGUCCAAGUAUGAGACUGAGAAGACUAUUGUAACGGAGACCAUGCUCAAAUUGAGGAAUGAGUUGAGGCUGCUGAAGGAAGAUGCCGCUACUUUCUCCAGUCUCCGCGCGAUGUUCGCGGCCCGCUGCGAGGAGUAUGUGACGCAAGUGGACGAGCUGACCCAAUCCCUGGCCGGCGCCGAGGAGGAGAAGAAGACCCUCAACCAGCUGCUGCGGCUCGCCGUGCAGCAGAAACUGGCGCUCACGCAGCGGCUCGAGGAGCUGGAGGUGGACCGCGAGAUGCGCACGCGGCGCGUGCCCAAGCCGGGCGGCGCGGCGCGCGCGCGCGGCCGCGAGUUCUAGCGCCUCGCCGCCGCGCUCAAGGCGGCCGCGCGCGCCCUGCGCGCCGCGCUGCGCCGGUAGCGCCGCGCUCCAGCGACUACCACAUGCGAUCACAUACCAUUCAUACUCGAUAAAAAUAAAAAAAGUUAAACCGAAUUUUUACAAGCACUAAACCAACUACAAGAUAUUAUAUUGAAUGGACACGAUACGUGCUCGAUGAGAGUAAAAUCGACCUUAACCGUACAUGCUCGUUGAAACAAAAUAUGAUAAAACACUGAACGCAUUGAGCGACAAAUUUGCGUAAUAUAACAUGGCGUUAACUGUACGCGCACUAUAACAACCAAGUGAUGUCGAUAUAAUUUAAAAAAAAACGUAAGGCUGAUUUUUUACACGCACCCGUAACAAUUACGCUACGCGGUAUCGUACGAUCAAUACGAAACCGCGUAAUAUUUUCAGAUGGCAUCAACCGUAGUUGAAUUAUUAUAGGUAACGUGUGCGUCAAUAUUGCUUAUAUUUAAGUGUUAGUUCUUGUCUGUCAAUGCGUUCAGGUUUAUUUUUAAACCAUUGUAUAUCAUCAUGACAUAGUAUCUACUGACAAAUCGUGUGUCGACGUUGACCACGUUCUUAAAACGAAUUUCUUAACUCGUCAUCACCCUCUAAUAGACAGGGAGUUGAAUUAAGAAAAGGCUCUACUUAAAAUACUUCCGUAAUGGACUUAUUCUUAAUUGUUUGUAGACUAUAUAAGCGUCAAUUGUGGUUUAAAACUGCGACCACUUUGAAUUAAUAACGAGAGAGCAGUCCGCCAGAUCCGGCGCGAACUCAUUAAAUAAUGGUCAAUGCGUCCGCACCGAAUCUAGCACCCUUAAUAAGAUUUUAGGAAACUAAAUUAUUUAUACGUUUUAUAAAAUUUAAAUAUAAUUGGAAUGUAAGCAGCGGCGCGGCGCGCAGUCCCGACGCGAACCGUCAAACUGUGCAAUGUGCGCGCCGCGCCGGGCGCUCGUGAAGUGAGACUUUACCUUUAACUGUGUUGUUGGCCGCGCGCCGCUACUUAUUGUUAGUUACCUCUAGGCUUGUCUCACUAGCUAGCGGUUCUUGCCGACCUCACUCGAUUCGAGUCUAAAUGUUGCUCUAUUUUCCCCCAUUCGCCCCGCACUGAUCCGAUAUUUUGAUAUAAGAUUUCCUCCUAUUAUUAUAUUGUCUAUUGCACGAAAUUGAUGUUAAUGUGUAUUUUUGUAAUAGGAUCGGUGUAUUUUACAAUCGCAAAUGAAUUUAUCGCAGUUGUUGUCGCCUACGCGAUAUUAAACCGAGGAGUCAGAUUUUACUAUAAAUUAUUUAUAACGUCGUACGCGAUCGACCGGAAUCGUUAUGAAACCGCACUAAGUUAUUUUUUAUUAUAUACAUAUUUAUUCGAUUCUAUUAGAAAUGUAAGAUUACUCCGAUCGUUACGAACGUUCUGUACGUCCAAAAAUUUGUAAAUUUAUCGUCGACGUCCAUCCAUUGAUUGCGCAAAAAGACUAUGUAAUCUGUUCUCUAGUUAUACGUUCGUUGCGUUGUUGUGGCCCUCUGCCGGAUAGUUUCGUCCAUCUUGUUGUAGUACUGUAGUGUUUCCGUUCGGUCGGUGCCGCGCACUGUCUGCCGUCCCGUGGUUCGCCACACGCGUCCAAUCUUGUCCAAGCCGGCGGCCCGCCACUCCAAUGUUAUCGCCCCGUAUGUUUUGAAACAAAAAUACGAGCUGUAGAUUUUUUAUGUGAACCGUACGACCGGCUUGCUCAAGCGAGUUGCUCACGCGGGCCGCCGGCGUCUAUUAGUAAGACGAAAUUUACGAAGAUUAUUGAAUUGUUACGUGUUUUAUUAUUUACGUUGUGGGAUGUGAUAUCGGCAGCUGACGCAGCGUGCCCGGUGACGUAGUUAAUCUCUUCUGGUGUCUCACUGGACUAGGCUAGUUCGACCGUUCCAUGUAGUGGGCGCUCGCCCGAGUAGGUACUUUUACUGGUUUAGGCGUAACCUAGAUAGUAUGUUAGCCUUCAGGUAUACUUGGUAGGUAUAUAUAUCCGAGAGUUCUCUCGCGUAGUGAAUUGUUUUGCAAUAUUUAACGUGGUAGCGUAAUUGUUUUGCAUAGCUCAAAGUGGCGGAGCGACCGACCGCGGCUCUGUCGCCGCCGUUCGCGCCGCCGAGGACCAUAGCCUUGCAUUUAUUGUUUAUAGGUAAUUAUUAUAUUAUAGCUUUUAACGUAGACCACUCUUCGUGUACUUAAAUCAUGGACUUACCGAUGUUAGCUUUAUAAUCCUUUUCUAAGUAUUAUUUUUCUUUUGUAGUUUAGCAGCAGACAUCGUUUAUAUAUUGUUUGUGUCUAGUCACUAUGUUGCGGCCGCGGGUGCGCUCGGAGCUCGGCGACGAGCCCGUAGCGUAUCGUCGGUCGCGUUAUCAAAAUAAUAAAUUAUUAAAGGUUGUACAACAUAUUUAUUGUUAACUUCGCUCUUUCCUCUUUUGACUUUGUUAUGUUUACCAUAUUUGUGACUGUUUUUGACAUGAAAUUUUCACAUAAUCUAUUUAUUUCACAUUGUUAUUGUUAGCUGUGUACGGUCGGGCGGUGUUUAGCCGCUCCACUGAAUAUUAUUUUGUUCUAAAAUGUAUUGUAUCAGUAUUGCAAUAUUUUUAUAGCAGUAUGAAUUCCGUCGUUCAGUAUUUACAUCGAUCGCUGGUGUCUGCUGCCCCUAGCGGUGGUGGUGUAGACAGAGAUUAACCAAAUAUUUUCUUUAUACAGUCAUAUAUAACACUUUAGAUCAUUUAUUUUGCAUAGGCAUAGAUAUUAUUUUAUAUUUUAGUAGAUUAUGUAUUGACAAUGAGUUCUUAUUGUUUAAAGAUCGUAAAGUAUAUGAGAUGCCCGAACUUUGUAGUCGGAAUCGCAUGAUUGUUCCCGCUAACACCGCGGAUCACUUCAGCUGUAGUUGAAUAAUAUUUUUUUUGGAUUAUUGCACAGUUUGAUGGUUCCCUAUUGGGCGUUUGGUUUGUUUUGUAACAAGAUGGCCACUCGUUUCGGUAGUGUAAUCGUGCAGAUGACAAGUCUUCGCAUAAUAGAAUCUCAGUGUUUGCAUAAUAACCCACGAGCUUUGCAGAUUAUAUAGAGUUAGUUAUUCACUGUCAGAUGGUGAGCCAGCGCCGGGAACAUAUCAUGCCUCAGAGCGGAUUUAUUUUCAAAGUUUAGGGCACACCUUGUUGUCGCAAUGACUGAUAUGAAUCAUGUAUGAGAAUA